GAGAAGGUCCGUUGGGCAGCCGCCGCCGACGGGAUUCGGGCUUGCGAGAGCGAGAGGCGGCCCUGGUUGGAAAUGGGCGAGCGGAGGCGUACCCAGGCCCUCUCCGCCUGCAGUCACUCCGCUUCCAAGGGGACUGUAGCGCUUCCUCAUACAUUUGAUGAAUUUUUAGUCUCUCUGAAUUUGGAUGAUUGGCCAAAAUACCCAUAUUUGCCAGAGGUGGAUCCCCAUCCGUUGGUUUCCCAGAUAACAAAUGACUAUCCUUUAGGUACUGUUACCCAGUAUCUUUAUGAUAAUGCUCCACUGCCCUCUGAAAUUAUUUCCAGCUUGGAAAAGAGAAUAGAUGAAUGCAAAAUACAAGUUGAGGAGCAUGCUAAACAUGUAUUUACUUUGGAAUCAGAAAUAGAUGAGCAACCAGAACAAGUUGAUGAGGCACUAUCUCCUGAAUCACAGGGUAUUUUGAAGAAAAAAAAGAAAGAAGUGAAGUUUCCUACAGAUGCCGUACAAGACUCAAAUGAUAAAAACUUGGAGAAUUACAGUUUUCCUGGCUUCAAUUUGCGGAAACUUACAAAACUUCCAAACAAUCUAGAACCUGCACAACUCUGGGAUAUGGUUCUAAAAGUCCAAAUUUUCAAGGGUGUGAAUAUCAAAGUUUUGAAGCAGCUGUUUAUUUCCGAAGCAUCUCUUGCGAUUUUGCAGGAUUGUUUCUGGUGGUGGUUUCUUCAUAAGUUCAAGCCUGAUCAAGAUGAACAGGACCACUUUUUUGACAGAAUAUCAGAUAGCUAUGUGACCCUUCUGUGGAGCAUACCCAAUUACAUUAAAGAUGCUUUUCUUCAGAUGUAUCCUGACUGCUUGUCCCAAGCCAUCUAUGUUACUUUUUGCGAAGCUUUUCCUCAAUCUUUUAAUCGUUUUGAUGAUCAGUUUAAAGAUGAAUUAAUGAAUUUAGUUUUCCAGUGGAUAAGAGGUUUUAAGCCACAAAGGUUUGCUUGGAAAAAGUGGCAUUUUUGGUGGAUGGAAACACCUAGAGAUCUCAAGAUAGAGAAAGACUCCUUUUGCCAGAUGUCAUCACAGAUAAAUCUUGAGCCUAGAAGAAGGUCAAGAUCAAGAUCAAGAUCAAGAUCAAGAACAUUGAAAAUUGGUCCAAUUGGAAAAUUACUGUUAAUCCUGGGGAAAAAAGUGUCCAGUGGUGCUAACAGUGAUGCUUUUUCCCAUAUAUUGGGGGCUAAGGGGAAGAAGCUGAUUUUCAUUUGGACCAAUGAUGCCACCAUGUUUGCUGACCCUCACCAUGGUGAUUCUGUUCUUUAG